UUGAUCUUCUUAUGAGAGUUCACCACACAAAUUUGGUAAACCUAGUAGGAUAUUGUAAUGAAGGAGAUCACUUGGCUCUGAUAUACGAGUUUGUGCCCAAUGGGGACUUAAGACAACAUAUGUCUGGGAAAGGAGGAAGAUCCAUCAUCAAUUGGGGUAUUCGGCUACGAAUAGCUGUGGAGGCUGCAUCAGGUUUGGAGUACUUACACAUUGGCUGCAUACCACCAAUGGUUCAUAGAGAUGUCAAAACCACAAACAUAUUGUUGGACGAGCAGUUUAAGGCCAAGCUUGCUGAUUUUGGACUGUCAAGAUCUUUUCCAGUUGUAGAUGAAUCUCAUGUUUCGACGAUGGUUGCUGGUACUCCUGGAUACCUUGAUCCCGAAUAUUACCGUACAAAUAGGUUGACCGAGAAGAGCGAUGUGUACAGUUUCGGCAUUGUGUUAUUGGAGAUGAUCACAAACCAACCCGUGAUUGACCAAUCCCGUGAAAAGUCUCACAUAACAGAGUGGGCUGGGUUUGAGGUAAAUAGUGGAGAUAUUAGGAGUAUCAUGGAUCCAAACCUUCAAGAAGACUACGACUCUGAUUCUGCAUGGAGAACUUUUGACUUGGCAAUGUCAUGUGCAAACCCUUCUUCCAAAAGACGCCCAAGCAUGUUUCAGGUUGUUGUGGAACUGAAAGAGUGUCUUGCGUCUGAAAAAUCGAGUAGAAAUAUGAGUAGAGGCAUAAUGGACUCUCAUAGAUCGGAUGAAGUGACUGUGCUCGUUGAUACUGAGAUGUUUCUUGUAGCGAGAUAGAAUGAGUCUUUAGGAUCUGAAGAACCUACAUGUG